GCGUUUGCGAGGAAGUCUAUAUUUGUCGGCCCAGCCUAAUUCGUGUCCCUGACGCCUUCCCUCAUUCUCAACCACCCACCAGCCUUUCCCCACAACCACUCGAUUGUGUCCAGGCCGACUUGUAUUGUUUGCACAGUGAACCACUUUGUUCUUAGCCUCAUCUUCCUGAACCUAGACUCUACCUUGCGCCUCUCUAUCCUACGUUAUUUUUUUCUCGUUCCAACAUCCUAUUUCCUCAUUCUGCUUCUGCCCACUGCUCAAUCUCCGGUAUCCUUGACCCCUCCCGGCCUGCCGACCCUCCUACAAGCCCGAGGGCACCUCUCACACCUGCGAAGUCCAGGUGUUCGGACAACUCCGGGACCAAAACCGCUGAGCAUUGCUUCGGCCUCACAGUUGUCCUGCAACAGUGGGAACCUGUUUCGCCAGCGCCUGCCGAGAAGAUGAACACCGAACACCGCCAGGGACACCUGGGCAAAACUCGAGUUCAAUUUUCGCAUUCUGAGGCCAGAGCAGCACCUCCUGUGCCCGACCGCCACUCCUCGGCGAUUUGUUCCUACCAGAUGGCACUCAGCAGAGCAAACACCAACAUCCUCAACGGCCCGGCCGAAGAUGACGCCUACCUCAGAGCUUUGGCACAACUCUCAGCGACUCACUGCCCCUCGCUCGACAACCUUCCCCUCGACCGAUUGCCUACCGCCGAUUCAGCGGCGCCGCCAAUACCACCAGACGAGAUCACACGGCAAUACCCCUCGUCGGCCAAUCCUCGAACUGUUCAGGCAGCAGAUACCGGCAGCCAAGUUUCUCCAAUAGUAGCAGGUCAAAGGUACCACACCCUGCCCGACGGCAGCGCCUACAUCGAGGCGGUGUAUGGUUCCGCCCACUACCAAGAAACCCUUGACCCCAACACACCAAACAAGGUCCGGCCAGCCGCGGCCGUGCCGCCCUUCCAUGAUGCGACGACGUCGGACAACACCGCAAUCCACGCCAAAGCGUCAUCGACGUCGUCGUCGUCGAGGUUCGCGGCGCUGAACCACAUGCCGACGUUUCGGUAUGCCGAGGAAUUUGCGACAACCGCUGGCAGCUGCGGUUCGGGUCCGGGUGACGAAGCGCAGGAGGGACGGGAGGAUCGCCGGGGCAGGUGGCUGCGGUGGCACGCCUCGAGGGCCGGGAGUGCGACAGCAUGAGAAGUUGAUGGGUGCCCGUUUGGAAUUUAUGCAGGUAUGGACCAGGUCAUGGCUAGAGCUUCAGGACAGAAACUCAAGGUGUUGAGAAACGGGACUGUUGGGGUCCAGGCGCAACACCUGCAAGAUGUUCUGACAUCUCGCCUCUCAUGGGAGUUCCUCAUCGUGUGUUUCUUGCCAUGGGAGUGGAUCGGCACAGCAAGCUCGGGAAACACAUCGAAGCGACGAGGCAUCUCAGUGGCGGCAGUUCUGAAUCAGAGUUCUUGGUUGACGUGGUUCCCCCAUUCCAUGAAAAUGAUUGAUAGCAGUCCGGAAGGUGCUGGCAUUUCCCUAGAUUGGUUUGCUCUCAACAAGGCGAUGUUGGGGGCUUACAUGGAUGAUGUCUGUCUGGGAACCCUCUUUACCUUUGAACACCGUAGUUGUCUUGCUGAAUGAAGGUUGGUGUUGUUGACCGAACAGAUCAUUUGUCAUAAUCAUGGC